AUGUCGCAACAACCACACUAUCCCCCUCCUCCCAUGUCUGCUCCGGCUCAUGUAACCUCCUUCCCACCACCUCCGCAACAGGCUACUGGAGUAUCGCCUCCAAACUUCAGCUACCCCCCACCUCCGACACAGUCGCCUCCCUCAAACUCAACAUAUCCAGGGCUACCGCCAUCAGUGAGCCCUCCUGUUUCGGCUACGCCUCCUUCUGCCACUGCAGAAAAGCAACAAAUGCAACAGCACUACUACCAACAGAACAGGGCCAGUUUUCAACAUAAUGCCAAUGCUAGUAUUUCGUCGGGGCUACCCAUCAAUCCUCAAUCUCCUCCAAUGGCGCGGAUGGAAAAGCAUCCGGGGGGCGCACCGGCGUAUGGGCAAUUUGUUGGAGUGCAAUCUGCAAGUAGUGCCUCCGAUGAAGUCGGCACAUUUAAUGGAGGCAGUUAUCGAAUUAGCCACAGAGACACAAAUUCCAUUCUCACUAUACAACUCGCGAUGGGAUGUCCAUUGACGGCAAAGCCUGGUGCUAUGAUAACUAUGUCAACCACAAUGACCCUGCGAGGUGUUGUUUCAUUCUCAAUCAAGAAAUUUUUAGGAGGUGGGAAUUAUGGCAUGUCUCAUUACACUGGGCCUGGAGAGCUUCUGCUUGCCCCUUCCGUACUGGGUGACUUGUUUGUUCUCCGCAUCGAUGGCACACCUCAGACAGAAUGGACCAUUUCUCGCGAGUGUUUCUUAGCUCACACCAAUGGUGUAGAGCAUAAGCAUGAAUCUCAGGGACUUAUGAAAGGGUUUUUCUCUGGGGCAGGCUUUUUCAUCUACAAGAUCACCGGGCACGGGCUACUUUGGAUUCAGAGCUUUGGAGCCAUUAUAAAAAAGGAGCUUCAAGAUAAGGAGGAGUAUUUCGUCGAUAACGGACACCUCGUCGCUUGGAAUUGCAACUAUGCGAUGGAACGAGUCGCCUCCGGAGGACUGAUAUCUAGUUUCAGCUCCGGCGAAGGACUGGCUUGUAGAUUCUAUGGGCCUGGAACAGUUUAUUUGCAAACUCGAAAUCUGAACGCUUUUGCAGCUCAGAUGAAAAUCAGCACGGCAAGUGGCUAG